GCCCAUGCUAAAACAAACGUUAUAACAGCAAGGAUAUGCAAUACAGAUGAGGAAACCUCUUUCCAUCUCUAUAACGUUAUACCUUUUCCUACCGACCUACCCUGUUCAAGGACCAAGGGGGUGGAGAUGGCUACGAACCAGAUAUUAUGUAGCCGGCUUAAAGGCUUCACUUUAUCCACAGCUGGACAGUCGUGCAAAACUCGAUGAUUUUUUUAAAAUACUGAAGACAAAAAAGAUAGUGUUCGCUGAAAUGUAUUUUACGAGAAGGAAUUCGGUCCGACAGGUCCUAAAAUAAUUUACAACUGUGACUUCACAAGUAAUUCUAUCGAAUAUUCUCCAGCAAGCGACAGGGUCGCCCGAUAUGGCAUUAUAACGGUGCAGAUAGCCUAGGCUAAUGCGACCAAAAGGAAGAAGAGGCAGUAGUGCCUUCGCAAUUUUAAUCAAAACUACACUUGCGUUUUUGGUGGUGUGAAAUAGUAUUGUUUGAAUUCGGCGACGUUUGGAAGACAAAACGUCAGGGUGGGAGUCUGGAUUCUGAUUCGGACAAGAAGGACCACACGCCAGAAGCGGGGAAGGACACAUGCACGCAUUGACACAAGCAUACAUUUGUCUUGGUUGACGCGCCUUAUCUCAUUUUGCCCUACUUGAGUUGUGCAGGUAUCCAAGAUAGUAUUCGGAUUAAGAAAACAAAACAUGUGGCACACUUUGCGACAUGUAACAUAUUUCCACCGGGACACAAUUACACUGAUUUCUCCCUGAGCUUUACCAGGACCGACCGGGCCGCAGGACAGGACGCCACACCACCUAAAUUACAUACAUUGACCUAGAGAACAAUGAUAGUGGAAAACAUCAAUUCAUGAAUUCCCCAAUGUAGCGACAUAGCUCAGCCAGUACAGCUGGCAAUACAGUGCAGUUAAUGGAUGGGUCUGCAUUGGUAAGAUUAGAGUGUAGUGAAGAUGAUCCGCACAUGUCUUGAGUUGGUCCGAUUCGGGUCAUGUUUGAAAAAGCUGCCUGUUGACCCUGAAUAAAGGGUUUGUGAUAUAAAAAAGAAAGCCAACUAGGCCUCCUCUGGUUAUGAGCGAGGAGGUGAAAGCAGGGAGGUGAAAGCUGGGAGGUGAAAGGGAUAUGCGAGGAGUUAACAAACGCACCGCCUACGGCUCUGUCGUAAUCCCAUCUUUCCCAAGUACACUUCUUUCAUUAACGUUAACCGUAACAACCAUUCAUUCCCCAAAAAUAUCUACAAACUAGCUUUUAGUCUUGUAAAUAAUAACAUGUACACCAUUUGACCACACGCACACGCACACACACAGCAAACCAGCGUAAUGUUACUAACUGUUGGUAUGCAGUUGACAAUACCUUGUUAUUCGCCAGGCACUUAAUCUCUAACAAUAAAUUGGGGUUUGAGACUGUGCUACCGUCUUUUUGGGACUGUAUCAUAUAGUCGGCCUUUUAAUUGUCCCCACUUUUGAAGUGGUUCGUGGCAGGUGCUAGGCUAUUGAGACACGUGUACAUCCGUUAAUAUACACACACUCUGGGACCAUGCUGAGGAUCGUUGCUGCCGGUUCCAUCUUCUUCCCGGGACUAUUCCUACUAUCGAAGAGAUGCCUGAAGAAUGGCCUGGGCUGGAGCGAGGGAGAUGCCACUAUCGUGUCGGCCAGGCUGGUCUCAUCCAUUCAAGCCAUCAUGGCUUCCUCAGCUGGCUACGUCAUUGCAUCUUCCUGCAAGGAUGUCAUUGAGGACCAACACUGGUUGACCAGUACCUACAUCCUGUUUGCGGUGCCCUACUUUGCAUAUGACAUCUACGCCAUGUUCCUGUGCUACUGGUACAAGCUGCAGGUCAAAGGCCACGAGGAGGACAUCGUCAGGCCUAAGCCAGUCGGCUCUGCCGUGGCCAGCUACCUGCGCCGCGAGUUCCUCAUGGUGCUGCACCACGUCGUCAUGGUGACCGUGUGCUUCCCAGUCUCCGUGUUCUGGAGGCAGGGUAAAGGGGAUUAUUUCCAGGGUGUCAUGUUCCUGGCUGAACUCAGCACUCCGUCCGUCUGCCUGGGGAAAGUCCUCAUCCAGUAUAAGAAGCAGCACACUCUGCUUCAUAAAGUGAACGGUGCUCUAAUGCUGGUCACUUUCUUCAUCUGCCGAGUUCUGCUCUUCCCUUACCUGUACUACGCCUACAGCAGGUAUGCCUCUAUCCCCCUGUACACAGUGCCCUUGGUUGCCCCCUGGCAGUGCAACUUGGGGGCCUUCUGCCUCAUGGCCCCGCAGGUCUACUGGUUCACCCUUAUCUGCAGGGGUGCCUUCCGCCUUUUCACUGGGGCCUCGCGCUCCCAAUCCCCGGCGUCCCAAAACAAGUCUGACAAAGGCUGUUGCUCCGGCAAGAGAAAUCCCUUACCACCACCAGCCAAUGGCUACAGCCAAGCAGACACUGAGACAGGCGCGCACUGAGAGAAUGAAUAACAGAGAGGAGGAGAGAUCACCGUGGGGGAGGGAGCCAGGCCAGCAUGGGGGAGGGAAGAACGUAUUGAAGAAUUGUAUUGCAAUGACACUGGAGCCAAAACAACCAGCCAAAAUGGAAGACGAGAAGAAGUGACCUCAUCACGCACUGUAUCUACGUUGUAACCUAGAGAAGAGGAGAGAGAGAAGGCAAGUUUCUAAUACUCAAUACCGCUCUCUCUCUCCAUUGUUGCUUUAGCGUUACAUGGACCUCUGGAAGGAGAGCAACUGAUAGAAUGAGAGUAAAAGCAAGGAGCGAUAGAGAUCGAUAGGACGGUUAAAAAAUGGGGGAAACCAAAAUGAUAACACAUUGAUGGAUAGGUAUUGAUAGAGAGGUGACUAGAAGUGUGAAAAAACUUGACUGAGUUUAAGUUACUCAUCUGUUGAAAGACUGUUCUGGUGUAGAUAAGGGUAAUGUAGGAAUGUAUGAUAAUGUAGAGAAAUAUUUUUAGUCAAUCAUUAUCUGGGAACUUAUGGAAUUUAGGGACUGCAGUCAGUUGGGAAAAGACAAUACCAGCAUUUCUACUUGGGAUUGCUUGUCGAUCAACAUCAAACAUUCAGUUUGGAUCGACUGAGUGUGUCUGAUUCUGGGACAGAGGGACAUGGAUGGGCGUCUCUGGGAUUGAUUCGUUCUGCCUUCUAUUCCUUCAAAAAUUCUCUCUCUUGCCCUUUUGUCCUUUGAGAGAAAAAGUGUGAGAAGAGGCAAUAUCCCCAAAAACUUUCAGAACAGCAUUUGAGUAAAUGCCAUUUUAGGAUUUUAUAUUGCUCUCAUACUAAGCAUUUAUUUAUUUAUUCAUUAAUGUCGACACUUUUUUAAAUUCAUGUUUUGGGAUUUCUUAGUACGGAUAGUAGUUUGAUUCCUGUCUGUGCCCCCUCCUUCCCAUUUCAGUUGAAAGUGGAGAGAGAGAAUGUUGAAAAUGCAUGAACUAAGAAAAAAAGGGGAAAUAGUGAACACCAAUCACUCUCCCAAGUCCAGGAAAGCUGUCUUCAAUACACAACAGGGUAAAGUUUGUGUGACUUACUAGAUCUAAACAAUGUCAGGAUAGGAGUUAUAUGUCUAGAUUAUGGUUGCCAUGGCACCUUUAUGGUAACCUAGGCUGAUUGCUCUGCUAUUUUAAUAACUUUUUAAGAACUUUUUCUAUUUUAGUUGCUAAUUAAAUGCUGAUCAGUUGUGUCUAACAAUUUAUUUCUCUUAUCCAUAAGAAUUGAGUAGAAAUUGUACUUUUCUGCAAUCAACUCGUUGGAGCUAGUUGAUUGUUUUCUUUUGAAUAUUUGUAUUGAAAAUCUGCACUGAGGUGUCACCUAUUAUCUGGAGAUCUACAAAGGACUGAAAUGAAGGACAUUCAGAUCUACUCUGAGUGUUUCUGUAUAGUUUCGGAGGAAUUGUAUGGUUCAGUUGGUGUUGAGCUUGGGGAGCAACGUCUGCAACUUCGAGGACGAUGGGGUGAAAGUGGAGGGCAGACCAGCUUUGGAGAGGUCGUGGUUGGAUGGCAGAGAUUGGCAAGGUGCUGGUGAGACCAAGAGCUGGGUGGGCUGUGCUGCCUGCCUCCGGAGGACCUGAUCGUCCCUUGUUGAACACAUUGGUCCUCACUCUGUUCAAGCCAUGUUCCUCUUAAAGGUCAUUCUGCUGAAAACCUUCAGCUCUGUCAGGGGAUUCUAUUCAAGACCUACUCUAUUGUUGUAAUUUUAUUUUAUUUUGCUUUUACAAGCGCUUUCAGAUUAUUUUCUAUAAUGAAAAGCGCUAUAGAAGUUGAAUAAAUGAUUAUUGUCAAUUAUUAUGUCACAUAAUCCCCCAAUCUAAAUGACAUAACAAUAGUCUAACGUGCACAGUACCUGUGUAUAAGGAAGACUUCUUUUAUCACUGAUUAUGUAAUAAUAGAGAAGGCUGCUUUGAAAGGAUCUCCUGUAGACCCAACCCAGGUUCUAGAAUCCACUGACAUUGUACAAGGUGUUUUAGGGGGCAUUUCCAAAAGCAUUCUGCAGGCGUUCUUGCACUGUUCUAUGAGCGUUCUACAGGCAUAUACACAAUUGUGUAUAGCCAUUGUACUGGUGUUCUACCGGCAUUCCACAAGCAUUGUACAGCCAUUGUACUUUCAUUCUACAGUCAAUUCCAUAAGCAAUGUACAUUUCUACUGGCAUUUUGCAGGUGGCAUUCUACUGGGCUUCUAAAGUCUGCUUAUGUAUGGGAGUCCUAUAUGAUCUUGAACAGUACUAUUAAGGAUUUCAAGUUGUGUACAACUUCAUUUUUGCAUUGCACUGACCGACAACUGAUACUGCUGGACUGCACUGCCUACUGUGGUACCCGACUCUUUUUUUUGAUGAACUUUUAGGAUGGUCCCAAAGAAGACACUAAAACACUGACAGUGAACUGAAAGCAUUAUUCAGACUUGAGAUAAUCACCCCUAACUUAUGUCAAUAAAACUAAAAAGAAUUGUCAACUUAUCUUGGGUCUAAAUAGUGUCCAAAUAGAAGGAACUAUGUACAGGGUGUGAGGGAUUAAUAUAAAGCUAAAUACAGGUUCCACAUAUUCAUUUCUCGCCACUUUCUACCAUUAUUUUGAUAUAAUUUAGUUUUUUCCCUUGUGAUUUUAAUUUAUGUUUUUGUGUCGUUAAAGGUUGCACGCUUUUCCCUAUAUAGGGCACUACUACUAAGUUUAAAUCACCGGGGGAUGUUUUAUUUCUUUCAAAAGUGAUCUAGCCUAUCAGAUUGGAUAAAAUCCAUGAAAAUAUAAUGAAUAGACCGGACAAAUUGUUGACUUGAAUGGGAACUACUGUUCUAUUAAUUGUAUUUUCAAUUAUGUUAAUAAUACUAUCCUGCACCGGAAGAAAAUGGAAUAGAUAAAGGGACUGCCGCUUAAAAUGCAAAACUAUAUUUAUUGCUGUUUUCUGUCCUAUAACUACUGCAUGAUAGGAAUGAGAGAAUGGCUUAUUGACAUUGGCUAAUAUUAACCUGGAAACAGUUAAACAGGUAACUUAAAAGUACUAUUUACUAUGGCAAGAACUUUCUAAAAUGGCUUAUUGAGGACAUUUUAAAAAUGUUUUGUUACAAUGUUUUUUUUUUGUUUUUUUAUUCAUGCUAUAACUGUAUAUACAAAAAAGGCACUGAUUGAUUUGGACAUUGUAUGAUCAACAUUAAUGUGCAUACCUAAAAUUAGACCUAAGUGUCUGACUACAAGAGAUUGGAACAUUAGAGUUUGUUGUCAAAUUAAAUGUCAAUGAAUUCUAUGUUUACUAAUGUUUGUUAUAUCAAAGGUUGGAGUAUAUUGGGUCAUCUUCAACACAAGAGCUGUGUUCUUCUGUAGUACCUUAUGAAAGCAGUCGCUGAAACUGCCCUAAAAUAAAUACCAGUUGGCCUCAAUUGGAAAGUUUAGUUUAAGAAGACACACUUUGAGUGAGUGAGUUGGUUAUGGAAGUUAAUAUACUAGUUGAAUGAAGUAAAAACUGACAUUGUCUUCUGCACUUGCAACAGAUUCACAGUAGUCUGUUGCAAAUUAUGGUUCUGUGUCAAACCCCCUGAGCACAAGAUAUUGAACAUCUUUAUUUUCUUUGUCUUUUUGGUUAAACAUUUGUUUUGAGGGGUUGAAAAAAUAUACAAACCAAUGCUUUGCUCACAGGGAAUAAAAUGCCAUUGCCUAUUUUACCAGUUCCUACAUUUCAAUGUGUCCUCUGUCAUGGAAAGUGUUAUGAAAACAAUCGACUGUAUAUCUUCCAUAUUGUAUUAUUUUUUUGCAAAUGUAUUCCAAUGUAUGUCUGUUAUUUAUUGAAGAGAUUUGAAUGUACAUAUGAAUACUUAUAUAAAUGAUCUAUACCCUGUGUACUAACAGGCUUGUGUUCUGUAUUGGCUGCUGCCUGACUAACUAUAGGUUCCUCAAUGUAAAGUCCUGUUUGCAUCUGAAAGGGCAUCCAAUACCCUCACCACACAUCCGAAAAUCAUCCAGUAUCCUACAUCGUACAUCUGAAAGGGCAUCCAAUACCCUCACCACACAUCUGAAAGUCAUCCAGUAUCCUACAUUGUACAUCUGAAAGGGCAUCCAAUACCCUCACCAUACAUCCGAAAGUCAUCCAGAAUCCUACAUCGUACAUCUGAAAGGGCAUCCAAUACCCUCACCACACAUCCGAAAGUCAUCCAGUAUCCUACAUCGUACAUCUGAAAGGGCAUCCAAUACCCUCACCACACAUCCGAAAGUCAUCCAGUAUCCUACAUCGUACAUCUGAAAGGGCAUCCAAUACCCUCACCACACAUCCGAAAGUCAUCCAGUAUCCUACAUCGUACAUCUGAAAGGGCAUCCAAUACCCUCACCACACAUCCGAAAGUCAUCCAGUAUCCUACAUCGUACAUCUGAAAGGGCAUCCAAUACCCUCACCACACAUCCAAAAGUCAUCCAGUAUCCUACAUCGUACAUCUGAAAGGGCAUCCAAUACCCUGCAUUGUACAACAUGCAGGGAGCAGGGCGCCAUUUUGGAUGCAGACCCAUUCGUUUGGCUGAUCAAAUGCACUUUCCUCUCCAGUUCUGACUACCAACGUGACAUCUUGAUUCUGCCAUUCUUACAGCACUGCACAGAUUCUGACAAUAAGCACCAGUGUCAAUUUGGUGUAGAUCUUUGUGGCAAGUUUUGCUUUAAAACAGAUUGAACAAUAAAAUCCUCCCUACUGUU